AGGGAGGGAGAGAGAAAGAGAGAUAGAGUGAACACCCACCCAGGCUUCCUCGGCUCUUUAUAUCAAACCCUCCGUCACUCGGCGCCUCCUAAAAGGCACUUCUCCGCUCCACCGGCCGUCUCGCUGUUGGGCGGACCUGCACUUUUUUUUACGCACAUUCAGCCCGAACUAACCGCGAAUCUUCGGAGUUCAUUAACAAGAAGAAGCGAGAGACAGGGGAGAGACAUGGCCACGACAACCUGUACGCGAUUCACAGAUGAAUAUCAGCUGUACGAGGAGCUGGGGAAGGGAGCAUUUUCAGUGGUGCGCAGAUGUGUUAAGCUGUGCACAGGACAGGAGUAUGCUGCUAAAAUAAUCAACACCAAAAAGUUAUCUGCAAGAGAUCACCAGAAGCUGGAGCGAGAGGCUCGUAUUUGUCGUCUGUUGAAACACCCCAAUAUCGUUCGUCUUCAUGACAGUAUAUCAGAGGAGGGCUUCCACUACCUCCUGUUUGACUUGGUGACCGGAGGUGAACUAUUUGAAGACAUCGUAGCCAGAGAGUAUUACAGUGAGGCCGAUGCCAGUCAUUGCAUCCAGCAGAUCCUGGAGGCGGUGCUUCACUGCCAUCAAAUGGGCGUGGUGCACCGGGACCUGAAGUCAGGGGUGAUCCUCUACAUCCUGCUGGUGGGCUACCCUCCUUUCUGGGACGAGGACCAGCACAAGCUGUACCAGCAGAUCAAGGCUGGGGCUUAUGAUUUCCCUUCCCCAGAGUGGGACACAGUCACCCCAGAGGCCAAAAACCUGAUCAACCAGAUGCUGACGAUCAACCCAGCCAAGAGGAUCACUGCUCAAGAGGCCCUCAAGCACCCAUGGGUCUGCCAACGAUCCACAGUGGCAUCUAUGAUGCACAGACAGGAGACCGUGGAGUGCCUGAAGAAAUUCAAUGCCAGGAGGAAACUCAAGGGGGCCAUUCUUACUACCAUGCUGGUUUCUCGGAAUUUCUCCGUGGGCAGCAGGCAGACCACCGCUCCAGCCUCUGUCACUGCAGCUGCAGCAGCUGUGGCUGCAGCCGCCGGCACCACAGCAGGGCUGGUGGAACAAGGUAUCACGGUGGCUCACCCAGGGCAUGCCACCCCUCCCACCCUGCCCCUUUUGCUGCGUCUGCCUGCCACCUUCAGGCCUCACUGGGAUGCACACCUACAUGUAUCCUACUACUUUGCUCUGAUCCGCACGCUUUCCUUUCCUGCACAGCCCCAGACAAACAGCACCAAAAACAGCAUAGUCACCAGCCCCAAAGGAAACAUCCCUUCACCCGCUCUGGAACCUCAGACAACUGUCAUCCAUAAUCCGGUGGACGGGACAAAGGUAUACGUCAUUCCCCAGUCCAGACCUCUUCUUUCUCCUGCUCUGUCAUUCUCCUCCUCUUCCUUAUUGGUGUCACUCUAUAUAUGUGUGUGUGUGUGUGUGUGUGUGUUAGGGAAGAGCUUAGACAACAGCUCGCUUAAGGCGCAGUCCAGCACAAGCUCCCAACCUGAUAGCUCUCAGAGCUCCUCAGCUGCUGUGCACUCUGCCGCAAAGUUCGCUGACCUGCUGGGCUCAGUGCGUAGGGGAUCAGGGCCCGUAGCUGACGGAGAAGGGAGAGCCAACACUCCACCUCCCUCUGCCCUCUCUGCCCCCUCCCCUCCACACACCCCGGUAGUCCCCAUGCAGAUGUCUCGACUCACAGACCUGGUAAGCAGCGUUCGCAGGGCGCCGGCGGUGCCGGCGGCCCCUGCGCCUGAAGUCGAUGCUGCGCCGGUACCUAGUGCCAGGCCUACACCUCCACAUGCACACACCACUUCCCCACCUCCCCCUCACUCCCCCUCCAGCCCUCCCCUGUCUUCCUCCCAGACACGCAAGCAAGAAAUUAUCAAGAUAACCGAACAGCUGAUAGAGGCCAUCAACAACGGAGACUUUGAGGCAUACGCUAAGAUCUGCGACCCUGGACUGACUUCAUUUGAGCCGGAGGCCCUGGGCAACCUGGUAGAGGGAAUGGAUUUUCACAGAUUCUACUUUGAGAACCUUUUGGCUAAGAACAGCAAGCUUAAGUGCUGUAGUUUCGUCUGUCAGGAGUGCUCUGCUGGAGAGAGGAGGAGGCAGAGGAGGAGGAUGAGGAAGGGGUGA